AUGGUGCGUCUUCCGCUGGCUGGCCCUCUUCCACCUCUUGAUCACACGCGAAAGUCCGCCGAGCGACUUCUCACGGCAAUGGAGCGAUGCCGUUCCAGAGACGCCAGCUUCAACCAGCUCUAUGGCGACUUCAUGGAGGAGUACUCGAACCUGAAACAUAUGACCUUGGUCAAAACACCGCUUAUCAAAAACUCCGCGUGCUAUUUAUCGCAUCACGGAGUGCUCCGGAUUUCCAGCACGACCACCAAGUUGAGAGUCGUCUUCAACGGAUCCCAGUGUACGCCUGCCGGAGACUCGCUCAACAACACCUUACUGGUCGGAGCCAACUUUCUGCCAACUCUCGCCGACGUCCUCCUUCGUUGGCGUUGGCACCACUUCGUCUUCAUCGCUGACAUCGAGAAGAUGUACCGGCAGAUCCUAGUACAUCCCGACGAUCGUGAUCUGCAGCGGAUCCUCUGGAGGCGACAACGCACUGAUGACGUCCAGGAGUAUCGACUCAAUACGGUGACAUACGGAUUGGCGCCAGCACCCUGUCCGAGGCAGUCGAGAAACAGAGCAGUUACGCCGACUCUGCACGGCGGGCGGGUUUCCCUUGAGGAAGUGGGCCUCAAAUCACGAGAGGAUCCUCGAGGAGAUACCAAGGGAGCAUCAACUCCAGCAGCCACACCACGACUGAGAGGACGAAGCGCAUCCGACGCUUGGUCUACGGUGGCACCCCCGCAGCGACUCCUUUACAUUCCGCCUCCAGCCUCGCACGACCGCCCCGCUGACCAAAAGACAGGCGUUGUCGGAGACAGCUCGAAUUUUCGACCCCUUAGGCUGGUUAGCCCCAGUCACCGCUCGUGCAAAAAUCCUCAUCCAGUCAGCAUGGAUGAAGCAAUUAGAUUGGGACUCCCCACUCCUCAAUCAGAUGAGACGUUGUGGAGACGUCUGCUUGAGGAUCUUCCGCUGUUAGAACAGUUCCGGUUGCAACGAUGGCUGAGGGCCGACAGUCAACCAAAUCACGUUGAGCUCCACGGGUUUGUUGACGCGUCAGAGCGAGGUUACGCAGCCGUCGUUUACCUCCGCGUGGUGAGCUCCUCCUCGACCACGAUCAGCCUGCUUGCUGCAAAAAGCAAAGUUGCGCCCAUUAAGCCCGUGUCUCUACCGCGCUUGGAAUUGUGCGCUGCAGUCUUGGUCACUAACCUGACUUUUCAUCUCUGCGAUGCCUUAGACUUGUUUUCAGCCCCAGUUACUCUAUGGUCGGACUCCCGGGUCACGCUUCAAUGGAUACAAGGACACGCCUCGAAGUGGAAAACCUUCGUGGCCAACCGGGUGUCCCACGUCCAGACGAAACUUCCGGAGGCACGAUGGCGACACAUCCCAGGGCGAGACAACCCCGCUGACUGCGCCUCUCAGGGGAUUGAGCCCCGGGACCUGCUCAACCAUUCCCUCUGGUGGACGGGAUCCCCAUGGCUCGCCAAGGAUCCAGCGUUCUGGCCACAGCACGACCACGCCACACACGACGUCGAGGUGCCAGAGACGAGAGCAAUCGCCUCCCACUUGACGACCACGGAGAAAGCCGAGCCAGAGAUGCUUCUCAGAUUCUCCGAUCUCCAUCGCCUCCUGAGGGUCACCGCCUGGUGUUGCCGAUGGCGAGGCAACCCACCGAGUUCGAGGGCUCACCUCAAUCUCACGCCUGACGAGCUAAAGGCAGCCUUGCUCCUCUGGCUCCGCUUGGUGCAAGCUUUCCAUUUCUCCAAGGAGAUCACUGCCCUGAAACAAAAUCAAAAGUUAGUCAAGGGUCCAAUAAUGAAAUUAACCCCCUUCCUUGACGACCAUGGGAUCAUUCGAGUCGGGGACCGGCUGAAGCACGCUGUGCUCUCAGAAGACGAACGCCAUCCGAUCAUCUUACCUCCAGAGUCGUGGAUGACGCAACUCCUCGUUAAGGCACACCACAAACGAACGCUUCACGGCGGGGUUCAGCUCACCCUUGGACUGCUUCGCCUGCGGUACUGGAUUCCCCGAGGACGCUCCAUCGUCAAAAGAACCAUCCACCGGUAUGUCACGUGUGUAAGAUGGAAAGCCGCAGUACCACAGCCCAUGAUGAGCAGCCUUCCAACGGCACGAGUCGCACCGGCACGUCCAUUCCUGCGAACCGGUGUUGAUUAUGCCGGGCCGAUCCGGGUCUCAUCCGAACCAGAAAGGGAAGAGGUCACAAGUCGCACAAGGGAUUCAUCGCCGUCUUCAUCUGCUUCGCCACCAAGGCCGUCCACCUGGAAGCCGCAUCGGACUACUCCACCGAUGCAUUUCUCGCUGCGUUUCGGCGCUUCACUUCUCGUCGGGGCAUCGUCAUCCGACGGCCGACGCAUCGCUCACAUUGCAGCGUCCGACGAAAUCCGGUGGAGAUUUAAUCCACCGGCAGCACCUCACUUCGGCGGGCUUUGGGAGGCGGCGGUGAAGUCGACGAAACACCAUCUGCGAAGGGUCCUCGGAGACACGACCCUCACCUUCGAGGAGAUGACGUUCCUCGCUCAAGAGGAGGCGUGCCUCAACUUGCGUCCUCUUCAAGCACUAUCGGACGAUCAUGACGACAUAACGGCACUCACUCCAGGACACUUCUUGAUCGGAGCUCCUCUGCUGGCAGUGCCUGAGCCCUCACUGGCGGACGGCAGCUUCAGUCUUUUGUCCCGCUGGAAACUCCUCCAACGGAUGCGCGACCACUUUUGGGAGAGGUGGUCACGAGAAUACGUCAACGCCUUGGCAUCCCGACCGAAAUGGCUGAAGGACUCAGCCAGUCCUACCGUCGGCGCCCUGUGUCUCGUGCGGUCGGACACAACACCGCCGACCCGCUGGCCACUCGCCCAGAUCACCCGGCUGCAUCCUGGGGAUGACGGCGUGACACGCGUGGUCACCACGUACCACAUCUUCGGAGCUUGUCCGGCCUCUCACCAAGAUCGUCCUCCUGCCUGGAGCCGACACCGCAGCACCAACGCACCCGGAUUCUGGCUCCAUAAUAGGUCUAAAAUGGGUCUUGACUGCGAUAUCGUCGUCGAUCUUACUGGUCUUUAA